AUGCAGUAUGCAGCUUGGGUAUUGAUCGUAACAGCCCUCUCUGUGUCUCAAGUAUCAUCAGAGUCUUGUGGAUAUGUCAAUAUUACCGAUAUUUCAACUGGCACCAAUUUCUCAUCAAUCCUAUACCCGGGUUACCCAAGAAAAUAUAUGCCGAUGCUCGACUGUAAAUGGACGAUCGGACCUAGCUCUUCAGGGCAGGUAGUUGCCUUCGAAUUUAUUGAUGCCAAUAUCGGAGAUACUACAGAUUGUAAAGAGUAUUCUGUCAGUAUCUACGACGGAGCAUAUUCUGAUAGUCCUCUUUUGGAGAAGAUAUGCGGAUCGGACCUUCCAGAGCGGGUAACCAGUAGCGACUCUUAUAUGUUUGUGAAUUUCAAAACAUCUUCUUCUGACUUGCAUUUAGGCCAGGGAUUUAGGGCCACAGUUUUCGAGGUACCCAAACCCACCACUCCCCCACCCACGACUACGGGACCUACGACCACUCCUAAUACUGCCGAAACUACCAUCGAGCCUACAACUACCACGGAACCUACAACUACCACGGAACCUACAACUACCACCGAGCCUACUACUACCUCUAUUACUUUUGGAACAUCCACUGCUCCACCUGGAACCACUGGAAUCAGUUCAAGCGAAUCUGAAACUGGCGUUUCAACUGAUGUGAUCAUAAUCAUCGCCUGCUCAGUCUUUGCCGUCGUUCUGUUCGUUGUUGUGGGCAUUGUCUGUGGCCAUAAAGCCUGGACCAAGAAGAUUAGAGACGGUGUGUCGCGUUUAAGUGCCAACCCAGAAAAUAAAGUUGUCUUUUUGGUGUCACAACUAGAGUCGGCUUCUUCAGACUGUACUAGAAUCUCCACGAUAACGGCGGAUGCUACCGGCGAGUAUUUUUCAUCGUUCAUCGUUCAUUUUCCCGGUGAUCGGAAUUCAUACUCAAGAAAUUUAGAGUGUAACUGGCGGAUUCAAACUGCUGAUGCGGGUCAUCUAGUCGUCCUUAAAUUUAAUGAAACUUCCAUUGUAAAUUCUACAGAUUGUGACAAGGCUGCUGUCAGUGUCUAUGAUGGUUGGUAUUGUGCCUUACUUGCUUUUACUAUUAGGCCUAGGGCCUUGUCGUAA